UAGAAUUUGAAUUCCAUUCCGCGCCUCUCUCUCUCUCUCUCUCUCUCUCUCUCUCUUCGAGUGUUGCGUCUAUGGCGUGUUCGCUGUGAAGAAGAUGACGACCAUAGAGAAGCUAUUCGUUCAGAUCUUCGAACGAAAGGACCGCAUUAUCGAAGAAAUCCAACGACAAUCGGAUUUGUACAGCCAACACCUCGCAUCCAAACUCCUGAUUCAAGGAAUCGCUCCUCCGCCCUGGCUCUGGAACCCUAGCUUCAAGUCCUUGCCUUCGGAUCCCGGAGAGUUAAAGAAGGAAGAGCUGAUUUCUGAGUUUCUACGCCCCCACCCACAACCUCCAGUCCCUUAUAUAGGUGUCGAUAGCUCUCGCUACAGCAGGCCUGUUGUCAUAGGAGAUAAUGGAGAGUUGUCAGAAGGAUUGUUCAUGGAAACUCAAGCUUCCAAUAAAGGUUUUAAUGGAGGAGACAAGUCAACAGCCCCAUCUGAUUUCCAUGAUAAUAACACUGGAUAUGCCUUAAAUUGUGUUCCUGAGUCGGAUCCUAGUGUUUCCUCUCCUGAACGGCAGGUUGAUGCAAUGAUCUCAAAUAUUUAUACUGCCCCAGAUCAGUCACUUGCCAGGAUACAAAGGUCCAAGUCAAGGCAAAAGGCUCUAGAACUUCGAAAAUCUGCAAAAGGAGCAGCUAAAAGCGAUUUGGUUGAUGAGAAUGACAGUGGUUUUCAUUCUAGUGGAAUUAGAAUGUCCGGGAUCGCUUCCCGACAGCUUAAUCAUGAUUAUGAGUUUUGGGAAUUGGCUAAACGUUCUGAUACUAUUAAUGAUAGUGGUGCAUUGAGACUGGAAAUAGGAGAAUGCCAAAAUGAAGCUAACAUGUAUUGUGGUAGAAGUACAGGAUGUAGAAGUUCUUACAAUGUAUCUGCUGAAAAGAGUAAGUAUAAGGAACUUGACAAUUGUUCCAAUAUAUCCAAGAAAGAUGGAGUGUUAAGAUCAGAAAGUACUCGUGGUGGAGGAAUAUCAAAGCCUGUAAGUUUAUUUAAUUCCUCCAGUCAAAGAAUUACAAGGUCUAAGUCAACUGCUUUGAAAAUGUCCCAACUUGAAUCAUCAAACAGGUUAGAAGGAUUGCACCUACAAAAUGUUCCAAGUGGUGAAGUAAUCCAACAUUGUCCUGAAGGCAUUCCUGUUAUCUUUAAGCAGGAAGUAGAGGAUAAUUAUGUUGCAGAAACUGAGCUCAUUUCAGAUGGAUCAGGAGAAGCUCCAGCAACUUGUUCCAACUUGGAUGCUGCUGGCCUAGGUGUGGGGUUGGAUGUUUUUGUCUCAAGACAACCCUCUGACCGUAGUAUGUUUGUGAGGCCCAAGACACUAGAGUUUGAUGACAUGGAAAAGGGCAGUUUGAAUGAAAUUUUCAGUCAGAGGCCAGGGGAAUCAUCAGAAAAAAUGUCUUAUAUUUCUCUGAAGUCUCCCACAUCACUUGAUAAAACAGAUAACAGCAGUCCUUCUAAAAAAUGUUUAGAGAAGCAAUCAAGGGAGCAUGUGGUAUCAGAUAAAACAUCUGAAGCUUGGAGGAGAUCUUUUGGAAGUCAUUUAGAGGAGUGUGUUAUAGUUGAUAAAGGGGUACCUAAAUCUAAUAUGAAUAAGAAUCUUAAGAACUUUGAAGAUAAUUCAGAGGCCAUUGAAGACAUUCUCCACUAUCCUGCUUCUCUUGGGGCAGAUGUUGAGUCAUUAAAUUUUGGUAAAAGCCUUGAUGUAGAAGGGCAUCAGGAGGUGAAAUAUCAUUCAAUGGAAGGAUCUGAAUCCUCAUCAAAGUUGCAAGUCAAAGAGUGUGAACUUGCCUGUGACGGUGACAGAAGGGAUAGAAGUGGGACAACCCCUAUCUUGUUUAAACAUCAACAGUUAGGGCCCUGCUUCAUCUCAAACGAAAUCAAACAUGUAAGUUUGGAUAAAGUUUGCCUGGUUGAAGAGGCAGUGCUAACAGAUCCAAGUAGCUCUGUUCUGGAUGAAAGACAGUGUUGUGCAGAGGAUAAUCAAGAAUUCAUUUUCCAUGAAAAUGAACUCAAUAAAGGAAAUAUGAGUAGUUUGCCUUGUAUUGACAGAACCCUGCUGCAAAAAAAAGGUUAUUCCAGAGAAGAUGGCUUCUUACCACAUGAUUCAGUUUGUUCUUUACAUUGUGUAGACAAAAAUUUCAACUCUUCUGAAAUAAAAGAAUUCAAACUUCUAGAGGAGUCCCUAAUCCCAGGAAGAAAAUUAAGGUCUGCAAAAGAGAAGUCUUGGCCUCAAUUUAAGCGGAGAAAGAUUGAGGAUAAACCGACGGAUUUUUUUUCUGCCUCCCCUAGGUUUAGGGUAAAAGAGGUUGGCAGUAUUGGAGGUUAUACCACAGACAGAUAUUUGAAUAGAGUUGAAGAUGAUAUGGAACCUGUCUAUAAAUUUCAAUGUCAUCCAGUUACUCCUCAGCGGGAUGUAGGGCAAUCAAAUGUUAAUAAGAGUUCUGACAUGGAAAUGGCCCAGAAGGUAAAUCAUUCAACAGGAAGUGAGCCUUCACCAGAAGUACAACUUGAAGUGGAUGCAUGUACCACCACUCCUACAUUCAAUCAUGGACAGUUUGGGCCAUAUGUUGUCUCAAGUUCAAUAAAAGAGGCAGCUGGACAUUCUGAAUGUUGCUCUAUUGAGAAUGGUAUAACAGCUGAUGCAACUAGCAUUGUCCUGGAAGUAAGAACAGAGUCUGAUGAACAAAAUUACAUAAGUUUGCCACACUUUGAAAAAGAUGUUGCCUUGGAAAACAAAGAUGACUUGGUUCACGACAACAGAAUCCAGCAGGAAACACUCUCUCUUGUCGAAGAGAAUGGCUUCAUUUCAAAUUCUUCAUUUGUGUCUCUACAUGACAAUCACCUGGGUUCUGUUGCAGCUGAUCAAACUCUACCAGAGUUUGAGGGGUUUGUCAUUGACACACAGGAGAAUGCACAACCACAUUUUAUUGAAGACGCAUUUAACUUCGAAAAAUUGGACCUUCCAAGAGCUACAAUAGAACGUGUUAGUGCUCUUGAACAGCUAUGCAAAUCUGCUAUCGUGCACACUCCACUAUCCCAGUUUUCAACUACAUUUAAACUACACAGAACUCUAGACCCAUACCAGUCUGUACCAAAUGGACUUCUUGAGCAUAUGAACUUGACAAGUACCUUAAAUAUAGAUGAUGAUUGUGGUAAAAAUCUUAGGGCCAGUUGCAGUUCUGUGAAUGAAGUGAAGUGUUCUUUCCAAGGGUUGCCAAAUUCUAGUUGUAUGCCACUUAAUGGUUCUCAUUUUGGUUGGAGUGCAAGAAAACCUCCAAUGUCUCCAGUUGGAAGGCUCUGGGAUCGAAUUUCAUCAAACUCUAGUAGUUCAGAGAAGCAGCGGAGCUUAAAUCCUGAGCUUACUUGCUUCCCUAUUGAGGAAGAUCCCAGCUUCAGCGAAGAGAACGAGAAUGGAGAUGAAGUGGCUGAUACAAUCCACAAAAAUAUCCAUUCAUCACUGAUGAAUCAUCGUGCCCAAAGAGAGCCACUUGCAGAGGUAACAGAAACAUAUGCAAACUGUCUUACAUCAGUUUCUAUGUCAGGGAAAUAUCCUAAUAGAUGUAGUUUAGAUUCCAUAAGCACUGAAGUCAGCUUGAAAGAAAAUAAUAGGGUCAAACAAAAACUUGGAAAUUGCCCUGGCAACAAGAGCAGAAUUACAAAUGAAGACAAGCGGAAUCACUCCAUAUCAGUAAGCAUGAAUGGCAUUAAGGAGGCUACGGAAUCACUCAAAAACAGAUUCAGUAAGCCAAAAUUGUCAGGGAAAACCAGUUUGAGGAAAGAUGGGCAGAAUCUCUCAGAGAGAGAGCCAAAGCGUAACAACAUUGUUUCAAACAUUACUUCUUUUGUCCCACUUGUUCAAAAGAAACAGGAAGCUACAGUUGGCACAGGCAAGAGAAACAUCAAGGUGAAAGCUUUAGAGGCUGCAGAAGCUGCAAAGCGCCUUCAAGAAAAAAGAGAAAAUGAACGCAAGAUGAAGAAGGAAGCACUAAAACUUGAAAAGGCAAAAGUAGAGAAAGAAAAUUUGCGGCAAAUGGAGUUAAAGAAGAAAAGGAAAGAAGAAGAACAGAAGAAAAAGGAUGCUAGUAUGGCAGAAAGGAAAAGACUAAGGGAGGAAGAAGAGAGAAAGGAGAAGGAAAGAAAAAGAAAGAGAACUGAAGAAGCAUGGCAGCAACGAAGAGAGCGAAAGGAGAAUUUGCAUAUUCAGAAAGUGGAGAAAGACGUACCAUUCACUGUUAUUGAUGAAGAAGUUAAUAGUGAGACCAAAUUUAUUGAUGAUCUGAAAAAACAAAAAAAGGAUGAGGAAAAAGGAGAUGACAGUCUUGUGAAAAAGCCACAUACUGAAUCUGCAACUGCUGAAAUCUUGGAAAACAAUGUUAACCUAGUAGUCCUUCACGACUGUGAAGCUGCUAAUUGUUGUAGUCAAAUUAGAGAGCUGACAAGUGUUCUGACCAAAACCAAUACAAACAAUGACCUGGAGGCCAAGGCCAGUCAGGAAAAAUCUUAUGAGAUUUCUCCAUAUCAGUGCUCAGAUGAUGAAGAUGACGAAGAGGAUGAAAUUCCCACUAAAAAGUUUAUUCCUUCAUGGGCCAGCAAAAGUUCUGUGGCUGUUCUUCUUUCCUCCCAGGAGAAGAUUGAUCCGGCAAUGAUAUUUCCCCCUGAAAGUUUUUGCCAUAUUAAUGAAGUUCUCCGGCCUCGAAAGUAACAGCCAAAAUAGGCGGCAACACGUGACGGAAUUGUUUACUGCUCCACUGCUCACCAAGAUGAGGGGGUACCCAUUCUCUCAGUAUGUUCUCACUGUUUGUCAUUCUGAAGAGCUUCUGAUUUUAUGAGUUUAGCUUCGUCAACUAGCAAGAAAAAGAAACAUAUCGCUUGAGUUAUAGUAGUUAAGUUUUAAUGAAUUAUUUAUUUAUUUUCAACAUGGCAGAUCUUUAGAGAACUUGUUCAGAGGGUUCACUAGCAUGAAGUCUAAUCGGGCAACACUUAAUAAAUCUUUGUAAGUUGAUGAAUUCUAUGUGCAAUAUUGGGAUUCAUAUAUUCCCCCUCCCCCUAGGAUUGUGCUUAGAAACAAAACAAGAUAGCUGGUAGACUUUACUCACAAGUGGAAAGGAAAGUCACUUGCUUGGAUGUAAUUGUAAAUGGAUGGUUCCCACCCCCAUGACCAUUAAUAAUUCAAAUAUCAAACUGAAACUUUGGCUCGUGUAGCCACAGCCAGAAGGAAUCUGAGAAUUGUCAUCUCCUUAACCCCCCUUCCUCUUUGUAUCCUAUCACCCUAUUCUUAUUUAAAACAUUGCAGUGCUUACGUAUUGUGCGAUGCUUCACUAACCCUUU